GACGCGGCGGAAUGAACGCCGCUCCGUCAGUACCAAAACCGAGCGCGCUAGCUCUGUACGUCUCCUACUCUGUACGCAUACAACGUAUCGCUCACGUCGAUCAGUGAAAAUGUUUUUGGAUGAAUAAAUUAGCAUGAUUGAUACCGAUGCUUUUAAAAACAUUGGAUGGUUUCGGAUGAAAACUUUAGUUGAUUGAUAAUCGAAGUUAUCGUGUUUUUGACAAACUUUGGGGAACUUUGUUGAGUGCGCUUUUGUUUGCGUUUUGUAAAGGCUUUUAAUACGUUUGGAUAUUACGACUCCUUUUUUAAAUUCGGAUUUUAUUUGUGCUGGUUUAUGUAGGUGGUUAUUUAAUUACGAGAGUACCAAGGAUUUCUUUGCUUUAACUUUCGGUACAGUGAAGCGUUGACGCAAUAAUGAGAUUGUGUGUGUGGCGAACUACUCACUUUCCAAGUGUUUGAAGUGAGUAAAGUGACUUAAGUGAAACGGAGUGGUCGGGGCUAUAUGAGACGACGACGGUAUCGGAUGUCAGUUGGUAUGGAGGUGAUAUUUUCUACUGGGAGCCGCAUUUUCGUGGCGUUUAUCGCAACGGCCUUCUGGGGAAUGGGUGUUCGUGGUCUUCACAACUUGGAGAUCAAUGUGCCAAGCGCAGUGCUAGUAGGGGAGACAGUGACCCUGGAAUGCUCCUGGCAGUUGGAGGACGAGGAGGCUUUGUACAGCGUCAAGUGGUACCGGGGGAGGGAAGAGUUCUACCGGUACAUACCCAAGGAGUUGCCACAUACCAGGGUCUUCCCACUGCCAGGAAUUGAAGUGGAUAUAUCCCGGUCGGGCGCGCGGCGCGUGGUGCUGCAAGAGGCGACGCCGGCGAUGGCGGGUCGCUUCCGCUGCGAGGUGUCGGCCGACGCGCCCACCUUCCACACAGAGAUACGCUCGGCGCCGCUGGAAGUUGUCGAACCACCGGAAUGGGGUCCGAAACUGGUGUCGGACCGGUCGUGGUACGGCGUCGGUUCCACCUUGAGAGCCACCUGCGCGUCUCCACUAGCACAGCCGCCGGUUAAUCUCACGUUCGCACUUAAUGGACACGAGAUCGACAUGGAAUCGUUCGUGCACGAGAUCCCAGACUGGUUCAAAUGGGAUCCGCCCCCAAAAAGCGAGACGACAACUACAGAGCAGCCCGAGGAAGAUAUCAAUUUCAACAUAUUCCACGACGAGAGCAACAUUCAAUAUUUGGACGAGUCUUAUAUAAACCUUCACAAAGAGGAAAUCAGACGGCCUCCCAAAGAGGAUAUGAAGCCGGUAUUCGAGAGGUUGGGACCAGAUAAUAGGUUGCCCUCCGUAGGCGAAGUUUUAUUCGUCGUCCGCCACGAGGCGUUUGAACGAGGCAGCCUAAGACUGACCUGCAUAGCGAGUAUAUACAACUUGUAUGCGGCACGCGCAGAACUAAUUUUCGAUAUGGAGCAACCGGAAGUUGCUUCGGUGUUGGGAGUUCGUAAUUGUGCCAUAGGUUCCUCAAUUUGGCGAUUUUCAAGACUUAUACCAAUAAUUUUGUACACUAUUCGGUAGUUUUAUCAUUCGGUUUAAAAAUUAGCAUAUAAUGAGCCAUUUAGUUUAAGAUAAUGUGCUGUCUUACCAGGCAGUGGCGUGCACAAGGUUCUCAACUAGGGUAGGCACUGUACGUACAAAUAGUACAAAAUAGAAAAUUCCUCCUCCAAUACAGGUUCGUCAUAAAUUCUCAGGGUAUGCAUUGCGUUUAUGCAUCUAUGAAGUGCACGCCACUGUUACCAGGAUGCGAAUAAGAGUUGCAAUAUUAAUUUUAUAUAGCAGACUACUUUGCGGAUACCCGUGAUAUUUAAUAUCUAGGAGUAGCUGUGCGAUUCCGGUACGAGUAAUUUUAUCUCGUAGACGAACUUUUCACCAUGAUGUCAAAAUUAAAAUGUUAUUUUUCGUCACUAACAACAAAGUUGCCUUAAAAAUAAGCCUCCGUAAUUUGACGGCCCCCGUGGCGCAGUGGUAUGCGCGGUGGAUUUACAAGUCGGAGGUCCUGGGUUCGAUCCCCGGCUGGGCAGAUUGAGAUUUUCUUAAUUUGUCCAGGUCUGGCUGGAGGCUUCGGCCGUGGCUAGUUACCACCCUACCGGCAAAGACGUACCGCCAAGCGAUUUAGCGUUCCGGUACGAUGCCGUGUAAAAACCGAAAGGGGUGUGGAUUUUCAUCCUCCUCCUAACAAGUUAGCUCGCUUCCAUCUUAGACUGCAUCAUCACUUACCAUCAGGUGAGAUUGUAGUCAAGGGCUAACUUGUAAAGAAUAAAAAAAAAUAAAAAAAAACCUCAGGUCACAACGCUGCAACUUUAUGCUAGCCACUCACCAUCGGAUAAGUCCACAUGCCUGCAAUACUAACGGCUUGACGUGCGAUAAAACUGAUCGUGUGUUGGUUGCAAUCGGCAUAAUGUCAUGCACAUCGCGAUCAACACACGAUCAGUUUUAUCCGCUGUCAAGCCGUUAACGCUUCAGGCAUGUGGGCUUACUUGAUUAUCAGUGGCUGACAUUACAGAAUAGCUAUGCUGUUACACGUCAUUUCUAUUGUUUUUUAUUGUUAAUUGAUUUAAAUACCAUGAAUGUAGUACUUUACGUAUGAAGCAACUGAUCUAUCGGUAAGACAGCGUUGGUCUAGUGCGUUUUAAGCAACCACACGCGUCCGUUCUGCGUCCACUGACAUCGCUGCGUCCAAUCAAAAAUCAAAAUGAGGAAAAAAAUAGACGCAUCUUGUGAUUGCAAUCGGAUGCAUUCGAGUGGACUUCUCACAUUGUACAAAUUCAUGUAACAUAUCCGUAUGUGUUGGUUUAUAAAUGUUUGCGUUAUUGUCAAACAGUAGUUACAUAACUCUUAGAUAGUUAGGAGCCGGGUUCAUACCAGAUAAUAUUCUGCAUGACAUUGAAUUUGAUGCAGCUCAUACAAAACUUUGUAUGGCCUCUUGGACUCGUUUACCUAAUGCCUGUAUACGCCAAACUUCUAGUCCGCUUUGAAAUUGCAACACGCUAGACUUCACAAUACUAACUACUCCGCUGGGAUAUGUUUACACUGCGUAACCAUACGCCUCGUGUUCAGAGCAGACUUUAAGUUUGACGAAUACUUACUUUGGGUAUUUUCGUCAACGUUGGGCAUUAGGGUCAUAGCUCAUUAGAACUACUCAGCACCCGAGAUGCACUACCUUGCAUAGUGCCGUUAAUAUCCUUGUUAAUACUUUUACGUUAUUAAUAAUAAUUUUGUGUAAAACUCGCUCCGAACAUCGCAUCGCAUCGCUUGGAAACUGUCCAUAAGUAUUUCUAAAAUAGGCAAGUGACGUCCUCUGAUGUACGUAGAUGCUUCCACACGUGGAGUGGACGUCAACCAACGCCAACAGCUAAUAGACGCCGAAGAGAGAUGAAGAAGGUGUAUAACGCGUGCUGAGUGCCUCGAAUGAGCUAUGACCAUUAACCCACUUGUUACUAUCGUUUGAUAAAAAGAUCAAGUGAGAAAUAAAAUUCUAAACAAAAAAGUGGGUAGUUUUAAAAAAAUAUUUAUGCUUUUGCAGUUAGUUGUUAACUGUGUGAAGCUAUUAGAAGUGGUUUGAGGGUGUUAUCGUGUGCCGUGAUUUACUUAUGCGAGUUGUAACUUAGUGGUUUUUCGUUAUGGAUUUGUUAAGGUAAGUUAAAAAAUGUUUAAUCCGUAUAUUUAUAUAUGUUUUGUAAAAUCAUGAAAGUAGUGAUCUUCUUUUAUUUGUAAGUAAAAAAAUUUUUGCAAUUGCAUUAGAUUUACCGAAGUUAUUUUUGUGCGAAAGUUGGCGUUCCUUAUAUCAAACAGUAGUAAUAUCAACUACUAUUAUUUAUUUGUUUUAGGUGUCAAAACAUAGCGUUGAGCUUGAAUGAGAUUAUUGAGGAGUUGAAACGUAAUGAAGAACAAUCUAUUCCAGACUCCUAACUAUCUUUCCCCCUAAAAAUUGUAACGCUGAAUUCACUGAUGAAGAUUCUGGGACUGAAAAUAUCUCUUCAAAAUUGACUUGGGCCACAAUUGAGAGCUUCAGCUGAAAUAAAUGUCAGUAAAUCAUCGCCAAAUUCGGAUAUGAGCGACGAAGUUACUAACGUUGAGGUCUGAAGGAAACAGGAACAAUCCGACAAAAUAGAAAAAAAUAAAUAUUUGCAGAAAACAGAAUGUGGCAGGAUAGGAUAAGGUACAACUUUACCAGAGCCGAAGAAAGUGUCGUGUACAAAUGGAAUGUAGUUACUGUGGCAAUGCAGCAACAGUCCAACUGACUAUAUAAAUUAAAAAAUCUUCACAGCAACAGAAAAAAUACAUUCAUAUUGAUCAGUCAGCUUUGAUAAAAACAUAUAAUGAAAAGAUGAAUGUAGAAGAGCUCUGAUCAAAAUAUUGGACUGUACCAAUUAUAUUCUAAUAAUGGGAAAAAUGGUAUUUUUCGUUGCUUUUCCACUGUUUGGAUAUGGCUGUCCAUAAUGUCUGGCAGUUAUAAAAAAUUAACGGAGGAGAUUACGACCAUAUCAAAAUUUCGAAGGAGUGUUUCCUCUUUGUUAGAAACAUACAAUGAAUGCAUUUCCCGAAAGCCAGGUCGAUUGUCAUAAGGUUAUGAUGACAGUUCUUGCUAUGGUAACAUAGGCCAUAAUAAUCCAGUAUAAAAAUGAACAGCUGCGAUGUGCAUUUUGUCAUAAAAAUACCAAUUUGUUCUGUAAAAAAUGUUCUGUAACUCUUCAUCCAAAAAGCUAUUUUGAAGCUUAUCAUACACCAAAUAACUGAAUAAUAUGCGGCUGUAUGCUACACUCGUAUGUUACAAAUAAAACUUAUCUUGGUUAUGGUGUUUUUUUUCUUUUUAUUUAUCACAUUCGCUCGAAUAAUACCUAGUACAUACAAGCACAAUACAAAUCAGCAUAAGGUAAUGAAUUUUACUAGCGUUCCUUUUAUCAAACACCAUUUUCCGCAAUUUCCAUACAAAAGAAAAUUUAUUUAAUAUUUUUUUAGGUCCUUUGGGGUCAUAAAUAAACUGUGUACAAAAAAUUACAACGAUCUAGCAACAAAAGGUAUAUCCGUAACAACUGGGUUAAGGUUGUAGCUCAAUUACACUAUACCGUUCAUUUUCAUUUGGAAUGAAAGUAAACUCUUGCAUGCCUACGCACUAACAAUUAGUAAUUACUCUCUCUCCAUCCGCCGAUAGUUUGUAGGAAAUGCGAUGUUUCAUACAACUUUAUGUAAGUGAGCGGUAAGCUAAAGCAUCAACUAUCAAUUGGCUAGGCAUACCAUACAAUAGUAGACAGCAUGCAUGCUGUCUACUAUUGUAUAGUCACACACACAGUGUGGAUGUAAAGAUGGAGUAUGAUUUUAAAAUUGGCGAGGUAAUCGGUGGUAACGUCUAAGUGAGCUGUGACCCUAAGUUAAACACUCUGUAAACACCCUUGAAAACACCCACCAAACCUUUUAAACAACCUGUGGAUCACCGGCCCUUAACAAACUAUGUAAAUAAUAUAGAUUUAGAUCUGGUUGGCCAAAAUAAAGAUAUUAAGUAUUUAAAUUAUAAGAGAUAUAAGAGUGAAUGAAAAUUUAUUUAAUAAAAUAUAAAAAAUAGUAGAGCAAGUGUGAUGUAUAAUGUAUGCAUUGAUCACCUUUUUAUUACUUACAAAUAAAGUAAUUUUAAAAUAUAAUAAAGAAAAACAAUUAUUAUUCAGAACUACGAUUAUAUCUUCCUUCAUGAUUUUAGCGAAAUCUAUAUAGGUUACCUAUUUUAGAAUUGUAACCUUAUCAAAGACUGAUUACUUAUUUAUAUAUUUAAAAAUAAAUUGUUUUGUUUAAAUAUCCUUAAUAGUAUGUAUGCAUUUAUUGUACGUAUCGUAGUUGAAUUGUUUUGAUAGAUAAAUUACAGUAAGACUAUAUUUAAAAUAUAUUUAUGUGUAUUUAAUUAUUUAUAUAAUUUCCUUAACUUUCCUAAUGUCCAAACGCAAGAAUUGAUCCACAAAAUUACUCAAUCGUAACAAACGCUGAAGCUACGAAUAAUCGAACGAAAGCAAAUAAUUAAGAGACAUUCUAGGGACAUAUCUCAAUUAUUCUAGGGAGAUUCUCUCUAGAACGGUUAACUAUACUGCAGAAGGUUGUGCACAAAUACAGAAUUAUUAUUCGGUUAAAGCGUCUUUCAAUUAACAUGGAUGAUGGUGACAGUCGCCUGUAUGACGUUCAUAAUACGUGCUAUUAUCGUGAAUGGCAAACAUUCAAGAGUGAAACGAAGUGUCACCCGCACCAUCCUACAUGAAACGAUCUGUAAUUCCUUAGCCUGGUAGGGUGACAAUUUGACAUGAUCAAUAAUUGAGUUUGUAAUCAACGGUUUAAAUGUAAAAUCCAAACGCUCUGCUGAAAAUAUCAAACGAAAAUAUACCUAAUAAAAACGAGUGAUAUAUAUAUUUCUUUGGCUUCCGUUUUUGUACAUACGUACUGAAGCGGAAACAAAAAACACAAAAUCUAAAGCCAGUGUCACUUAGAAUAUCGAAUCUAUUAAAGCAGGAUCAUUGGAAGUAGAAUAAAACACGCCUAACCUAAAAUCUAAAAAUAAUAUGCUUUUAGGCAGUCAUGUAAAAGAGAUAAAUCUUAUAUCUCUUUCACGCGCGCGUUUCCCAUCUAUCUGAAAAGCUGGUUUGACAGAGUUGAGGCUUAUAAAGGAAAAUGUAGGCUACAUAUUGUCUACACACGUCACGUAGGGCGGUAGCAGUUUGUGAAAACUUUAAGCAUUUUCUUUCAACUUCUUGCACACUAUGUUCGUUACUAAGUACUUGUAGUUUUGAGAACAGUACGUGUGGAAGAGACUCGGAGUACCUACUGUUCAGAAUUUAAAACUGGCGAUGUUAUUGACUACCUCGUUGGCCCUGUAAAGCUUUUGUCGAUCACAGAUCACGAGGUUCUAGCCAAGCCAAGCUUUUUUUUCUUUAUAAGUAUAUUUGCGAGAAAAUCUUGAUAGCCAGACAGACAAGCUGACAACAGAGUGAUGAAGUGAACAACUUUAGGGGUUCCGACUUUUACUUUAGAGAUCCUUAAAAAAUAAAGAAAAUGUAUGUAUUUACCUCUCCUUGCCCUGAAAAGUACGAGUACAUUAACCUAUCGAUUCAGGUGUGACAUAAGUGAAUUAAAUGUUUGUAUUUCUUUUUUAAUGAAUGCAUUAAAAAUGCUUACCAGUUUCGCUGUUUUUGUUUUUAUCCAAAAAAAAUUUUUUGGGACUAUUGUGUAAAAUUUUUCAUAAAUAUAAAUUGUAUUUUUUAAAACUCCAUCAAUUAUUUAAAGUAUAUAUAGUAUAUCUAUUUAUUAUAUUUAAGUAUAAAAAUAAAAUUGGUUAUUUAUAACGAGAGUAUGUAUGGUGUAAUAUAAAACGAUUUAUAAUUGAAAACAUAUUUCAUUGUACAUAGACACUGUAUAGAAUGCAGAGAAACGUAUCGAAGUUACUAAAAAUAGAAUAAAAGUGUUGAGAUAA